CUUCAAGAUAAAUCGUCUCACUUUCGAGGAUGAACUGGGUCAGCUCUUCGUUAGAACUCGCGGGCUCGCUGCUCGAGUCCGUGGACCAACAGGCCGCGCUCACCCUUGCCGGGACUGAAGAGGAGGGGGAAGACGCAGAGCUGCUGAGAACGAGCCAUGCAUCUGGCGGAAGUGCGCCCAGCGCCGUGGAUAUUGUAGGGCUGGAAGAUCCCGCAAGCGAGGAGGCCCCGUUGUCGACGGAUGGCACAUCGAGUACCAACUCCAGUCAGACCAAGGCAACUGUGGUUAGUGGUGUGAACAACACGCCCCCUCGCUCAAACUCGAGUAAUAAGCUGGCGGGACUGGUGAGUGCCAUCUCAACGCAGCUGGAGAAUGUAUCCUCAGGAAGAGGUGGAAACCCUCCUUUGAGCAACAGCGGGUCGCAAUCGGGCUCGACUGAGGGAGAGUGCACUCGACUGCACAAGGAAUUGGCACGAGUGAAGAAUGAGUUGCGUUUGAAGGACAAGCAGCUGAGUAGCACGCAGAAGAGCAUGCAGAUCUGCGAGGAAGAACUUGUUGCUCUGGAGCAGGAGUGCAAGGAGAAGAUCGCUCAAGUGCAACACGAGAUGUCCGUCCUUCAGCAGGACAAGAACUCGGACGAGCAGAACUUCAUCCAAGCGCUGGAGAUGAAAGACAACCAAUUGCGUGCAAUGAAGGCAGAUCUAGACGUUCUAACAGAGGCGAAAGCACAGUACACAGAUGAAAUCGCGUCACUGAAGGCUGAAUUAGCGAAGGCGGUGGAGUCGAAGGACACGUUGUGGACCUCUGCAGCGUCAGCUAGCAACGAGUCUGAGCAGUUGAUUGAGUCGCUCCGAUCGGAACUACAAGAUACACUGGCGGCUAUGAACAACUUGAAACGUGAAUAUGCAGAGUCGAAGAAUGCCAUGUUUUCACGCCAGUCGCAGCUGGAGAGCACCAACACGGAGCUAGUGAACAAUGUGGCCAAUCUGGAGCGUGAGCUGGCGAAAGCAAAAGAAGCUGCUGCUGCUGCUGCAGCCUCUCAAACCAACGGAGUGAAUGGGAAUAUUAGCUCUGGGCCUUCUCAUUUUGGUGCAAACUCCAAUUUUGCGUCGAUGAAUGAUGACUAUCGACGGGUACAGCAGACGUUGGUACUUACGAAGAAGUCGUUGCAUGACGAAUCACGAAAGAAUGAAGUUCAGAAACAAGAGAUCAUCACUCUGACUGAAGAAGUGCGUCGACUAAAGCAAGCUUUGCAGACUGCACAGGAGAAUUCAUCGCGGCAACAGGAGGCAACGUCACAAGAGAACAUGAGACUGAAGGAGCAGGUGAACCAAUUAUCGUCUCACAGUAGUGUUGCUGCGGCUGCCAAUGGCGAGUUGCGCAUCCAACGUCUGACGAACCGGUUGAUUGAGAAACAGGAGACGAUCGACUCCUUGCGCAGCCGUGUGACGACGAUGGACGUACGUCUCCAAGACGUGACGUUGCGGGCGCAGCGCGCCGAAGAGAAACUGACUCGGAUGGAGCAAAACGGCGGCAUUGACGAUAUGGAAAUGGCAACUCCUGUUGGGAAGGUUGGAAGAGGCGGCAUGCGCUCUCGACCGAACCGCAUGGCCCACGUGAUAUCUCGUGUGGCUCCAGUGGUGGAGCGUAGCCACCGAGUGCUGACGGCGCUGGAUGUGCUGGAUCGCUGGCUGCUUUUCCUCGGUCGAGUAUUUCUACAGGCUCCUUUCGCUCGCCUCGGAAUGUUGUGUUAUGUUAUGCUGAUCCACUUUUGGGUGUUCGUGAUUUUGAGCUUCCACACGAGCCACUUGACGGAGGAGAUGCAGUUGUCUAGUGCUGCUGAGAACACUGCCAUUGAGCCGGGUGAAGAUAUGAUCCCUGGAGGUCACUAAGUAAGAAAAACCACUUUAAUCUUCUGUCAGAAAUAUUUUAUCAAGUUGAAGCGUUUUAACACGCAUUUCGACUACUGUAAUGUCAUCGACCUGUAUCAGA